UUUCGCGGAAUCCCCUUCCCACAUUUUCUUGCUCCUUUUCUCGAAAAGCUUUCCUUGUGCCUAUGAAACUCCCUCGUCACUCAACACUCUAUGGACCAUGGAAACCGCCACGGAACCACCGCCCGAUCCCCACACCGACGGCCCUGAUCCUCCGACUCCCGCUCUCGCCGCCGCCGCCGACGACGACUCCGACCAUGGCCUCCUCCUCUCCUCCGAGCUCGAGUCCGCCCGCGAAUCGCUCCAGCACCUCCAAUCGAAGUCGGCGGCCAUGGAGGAGGACUUGGCUCUCGUCCGGCGGCAGCGAGACGAAGCGAUCGGCCGAACCGCGAGCUUGAGAGAGGCCGUGGAUGGCUUGUCGAGCGAGAGAGACUCGCUCCGCGGGAGGAUUAAGGAGCUGGAGGAUUCGGCCGCGGAGAGGGAAGAGGAGUCCGUGGCGAGGUUUGAAGAGGAGUUGAGGGAGAGAGAAGGGCUUAGGAUCGAGAUUGAAGUGUACAGGGAGAAGUUUCACGGAUUGGAGGCGGAGAGGGAGAAGCAAAAGGAGUUUCUGCUGAGAAUCGCGGAUUCGGUAAAGGCGGUGAAGGAGAGCUUGGCAAGGAUAAUAGAGAGUCUGGAUGAUGAGGAGGUCGUCGAGAGAGACGAAGAUGAAAGCCCAGAUACGGGAGAAGAACUAGACCGAGAAUCGAGAUCGGUGUCGGAAGAAAUAUCCGAAAUUACAAGGCUUGUUGAUGUGGCAAGAUCAAAAGUCAAUGAUUAUAAGGAAACGAAGAAAAAGGAGAGAAAGCAAUUGGAGAACAGCGUGGUGAGUUUGACGGAGGAAAACCGCGAUAUCAGUAGCCUGUUGAGGGUUGCUCUCGUCGAGAAGGAGGCUGUGGAGAGGAGUCUGAAUAAGUUGAGAGGGGGUAAUGAGCAGAAGAGGGUGGCACUGUUGCAAUUUGCCGAACGUGGGUUACGGGGUGUUGGGUUCGGGUUUAUGAUGGGAAGUGGGAAUCCCGAGCAACCAAUGGAGAGCUCGGGCGCAUCUAGUACCGGGAGUAAGUCAGAUGGUAGCGACUGCGAGGAGGAAGUUGUUAGUCUGGCUUCAACUGUAGAGAGAAUAAUGAAGAAUUUGAGGCAAGAAAUCACUCAGUUGAGGAAAUCUUUAGAGGAAUCAAGGUCAGAUACCGAGCGUCUACAGAGCCUUACAAACAAACAAGCUCAGGAAAUUGCCGAAAACACACUGUACAUAAAAGAAUUGGAAGAAAGAGAGAGGCUAUUAGCUCAAAAUGUUGAGGAGUUAUUGAACGAAAUUAAAGAAACUGAAGUAGAGGUUGCCAGAUGGAGAGAAGCUUGUGAGUUGGAAGUGGUAGCAGGGAAGAAUGAAAUUGAAGAACGUGAUAAAGUGGUCAUCAUUCUGAAGCAAGAAUUGGAGAAGACCAAGGCAGCUUUGGACAUAUCAAAUGGGAAGCUAAAACUGAAAGAAGACCUUGCAGCCGCUGCAAUGGCUGCGCAGGAGGCGGCAGAAAGGUCGCUUCAGCUGGCUGAUAGCAGGGCGGCAGGGCUCCGGGAGCGGAUAGAAGCGCUGACGAGACAGCUAGAAGAGGUGGAUGGCAAGGAAAAGAAGGGCCGGCAAAGGGUUAGACGUAUAUGUUGGCCGUGGCGAAUCUUUAAGAUGAACCCUGCCGUCCCUAACGUAAGGAGGAUGCUCCCGGAAAUGCAAGCCUUGCUUCAUUCUGGCGCUUAAUCAGUAGCUGUUUCCCAUUGAUCCGGAUCACAGUCUCUACCAGGGAACUACACCUACCAUGAAGAGUUCCCCGGGCGCCUAAACCCCGGCUUCUUCUCUUUCACCAGCGAAGCGAUAGCUACACGAGUUUGCUAUUCAUUGGUUUAUUUUCCUUACAUUUCUCCCCUGUACCUAGAAUUUUUUUAUAGCACUACCACUAACCAACAGUACGGAUAGCACACGACACUGUUUUUAUGGGAUUCAUGAAGAAAGCUUUCGUGGUA